UUCAGUAUUGUUCAGUACAAAAGUAUGUAUUUCAGUAUUAUUAAGUACAAAAUUUUUAAAAAAUGGCUGGUUUUGAAGCGUUUGGACUGUUUGACCCAGGCUCUCAGGAUGAACCUAUCGAUGACGAUAUAUUUCUCUCUGCUUCUGAACUCCUGGAGAAAAAGAAACCAAAAAAGACUACCUCUACUCUUGCAACCUCAAUGACAAGAUCCAAAUCUGGAUUGAACUUUAAGAAAUCUACUACAGGUGUUUCCAGGUCUGUUACCAGUAUAGAUCUGAAGGCAGCAGUCAGGGCGGGUAAAGGUUUAAGGAAUCGAACUCAGUCCGAGUUUACCGAAGAGGAUUACAGUUAUCUACCUCCAGAACCACAAAUGGGGAACAUUGAGUAUAAACUCAAGCUAGUCAAUCCUAGUGCUACCAGGCUAGAACAUCUAGUCACACAGAUGAAAUGGAGAUUGAGAGAAGGAAAUGGAGAGGCGCUUUACAAUAUUGGAGUUGAGGAUAACGGUGAGAUGACCGGACUAUCUGACGAGGAUAUGUCCUGCUCACUAGAUACCCUUCAGGAGAUGGCUAGGAGGCUGGCAGCUACAGUACAGGUUCUACGGCAGCGACGUAUCCCUAAAACAGAUGUUAGUCCUGAGAGGAUAGUUGCGGAAAUACUAGUCAGAAAAGUACCUGAGGAUCAGGAGGCAAUAGAAUUACGGCUGUGUGUACUUGGGAGCGCAGAUGUAGGGAAGAGUAGUUUAUUGGGUGUACUUACACAGGGUGAGCUGGAUAAUGGGCGGGGGAAGGCAAGACUAAAUAUGUUCCGACAUCUCCACGAGAUUCAAACCGGCAGGACUAGUUCUAUAUCCCACGAGAUUCUGGGGUUUGACAGUGAAGGGAAUUCACGAGAUUAUACAACUUGUAAAACUGCAGACGAGAUUGGUGAAACCUCAACGAAGAUAAUUACAUUUAUUGAUUUGGCCGGUCAUCAGAAAUAUUUAAAAACAACAAUAUCCGCUCUUACAGGAUAUUGUCCUCAUUAUGUUGUACUGGUUGUGUCAGCAACUGCAGGGGUUGUUGGAAUGACUCAGGAGCAUCUAGGGAUCGCAGUUGCCCUGGAAGUUCCUUUCUUUAUUGUUAUAACCAAGAUUGAUGCAACUACAGCGGAUAGGUUGGAUAAAACCCUGGACUCUGUUGAGAAAACUUUAAAAUCUGCAGGAUCAAGCAAGAUCCCGCUACGAGUGAACUCCUCUGACGACUGUAUAACCGCUGCUAACAAUAGUCUAAAGAACAACACUGUUCCAAUCUUCUGUGUGUCCAGUGUUACUGGCGUAGGACUGGAUCAUAUUAAGAACUUCCUUCACUUGCUCCCUCCAGGGGUUGGGGAGAAGGAGGUGGAGAAGUUGGAACAAGAGACUCCUGAGUUUCAAAUUGAUGAACUCUUUGAGGUGCCAGGUGUAGGUACAGUAGUAGGAGGACUAGUCACCCAGGGAUAUAUUGUAGAGAAUAUGCAGCUGGCAGUUGGACCAUUUGAGGAUGGUAAGUUUCGUGAUGUGAAGGUUACAAGUAUAAGAAGGAAUAAAACUGCAUGCAGAUUAGUUCGAGCUCAGCAGUCAGCUGCGCUAGCCUUAGAUAUUCCUCUGAAUCAGCUGAGGCGUGGCAUGGUGAUGACGUCACGACAAGGAAAUAUGCCAAAACCAUGUCAGCAGUUCCAGGCUGAGGUUUGUCUACUCUUCCAUCCUAAGGGAAUAGUAAAAGGAUUUAGGACAACUGUUCACAUAGGAAAUAUUAGGCAGACAGCUCACAUCACAGAAAUGACACCUCUUAAGAAACUGGAGAGUUCAGACCGAGCUCUUGUCACAUUCAAGUUCUUAAAGAACCCGGAGUUUGUCAAGGUUGGGACCAGGAUACUUUUCAGGGAGGGACGAACGAAAGGGAUAGGACGAGUGACGACUGUGGUUCCGUUUAAAUAUCUAGACGCAAAUCCAGACCGAUAAACAACAACAAUGACAACAACAACAACGACAACAACAACAAUGGACGCAAGAGUAUGUCAACCGAAUUUCAAAUAUCUCAGAACUUUUAAAAUAUAAGUCUGUUUAUUGUUAGAAUUACGUUAAUAUCGUUUUUUUCCGUUCCCGUCUUUUCAAAAACUUCUAUUUACAAACCACAACGGUAACGGUGUCCUAAACCGUUCUCUAAGAACACAUGCUAAAGAUAUUUGAACGAAUAUUCUGGUAAAAAGAACUUCUUUUCGUAACAUCACAAUCAUAUUAUUCAAAGUCUAAUUAAAAUUCUAGUUUUUAGAUAAUCAAAAAAUUUGAAUUUUAUUCAAGAUUUAUUUAAAUUCACGUUUUUUUGUUGUACUUAAUGCAAGUGGUCCCAUAAAUGUAAGAAUAAUAUUUGAAAUGUGACAUUAAACUUUUUAAUCUAAACCGUUCUGCCGAACGAAUCAUCCUUUUUGAAGGCAAUAUGGAAAAACUUAAAACUUCCGUUAAUUCCUAUAUAAAUACGCUAGAAAAUUAUUAUAUUUCAAUAUUAACCAAACAAAUAGUUAUUACAUCUACUUUAUAGUCAUUUUCAAAUCACUAUUUUCA